CUCCCUCCUCUCCUCCUCCUCCUGCUUUGCUAUUAUUUUUCACACGUCGACACUGUGCUUCUACACCUGCGAGACAUCUCCAUCACAGUUCCUUGAUCGUCUUGAUAUUCCGACCGCACAUUUCUCCCUUUCCACCAUGGCACCAAUCGCCAUCGAGACGCCCAACGUGGCGGAGAACUUCCAUGACCACAAGGACGGCCUGGCCUUGGAGGCUACAUCAGACGCCAUCGAUGAGGUCAACGUCCUCAAGGCCGCCAUGCGUGUCAAGAACGGCACUGCGACGCAAGAAGAAGUCGACAUUUACGAAAAGUCGCAAUUCGACGCCGACAAGGACAAGACCCAGUUCCGACAGUACGAAGAUGCAUGCGACCGUGUCAAGAACUUCUACCGGGAGCAACACGAGAAGCAAACCGUUGCCUACAACCUCAAAGCACGCAACGACUUCAAAUCCAAGACACGUGCCGAAAUGACCAUCUGGCAAGCCAUGGAAAAACUCAACACCCUCAUCGACGAAUCCGACCCCGACACAUCUCUCAGUCAAAUCGAGCACCUGCUCCAAUCCGCCGAGGCCAUUCGCCGAGACGGAAAGCCCAAGUGGUUCCAACUCACCGGCCUGAUCCACGAUCUCGGCAAACUCCUCUUCUUCUACGACGCCCAAGGGCAAUGGGACGUCGUCGGGGACACCUUCCCCGUCGGCUGCCGCUUCGACGACUCCAUCAUCUACCCGGGCACAUUCGAGCACAACCCGGACAGCAAAGACCCCAUUUACAGCACCGAACACGGCAUCUACCGUCCGGGCUGCGGCAUGGAUAAUGUCAUGCUCAGCUGGGGCCACGACGAAUACCUGUACCACAUUUGCAAAGAACAGAGCACCCUUCCCGAUGAGGCCUUGGCCAUGAUUCGUUACCAUUCCUUCUACCCUUGGCACAGCGCCGGUGGCUACCGAUGGAUGAUGGACGAUGAUAAAGACGAGAAGAUGUUGCAGGCCGUCAAGGCGUUCAAUCCUUAUGAUCUCUAUAGCAAGAGUGAUGGUAUCCCCGAUGAGAAGGAACUUAAGACAUACUAUAUGGAGCUCAUCAAUACUUACUUUCCCCCGCGAGAGGGUGAGACGGAGAGGGUGAUUCGAUGGUAGAGGAGAUGAUGAUCCAUCAUCAUCAUCUGGGGGAAAAGGAUGAAAUGCAUUUUAUAAUGUCUUUUUCUUCUUGGCCCUUCUUCUUCUUCUUCUUCUUCAUCUUCUUCUGCUGCUGCUGCGGCAUUUAAGUUGGGGCUUUGUGGCGUUUUGGAUGGGUUUCUUCUUAUCUCCCCCCGCAAAAAAAUAAAAUUUCAGGGCGGUUGAGAUGGAUUAUGGAUGAUGAUGAUGAUGAUGGGUUCGGCGUAAAAGAAGAGGAAGAGGAAGAGGAAGAGGAAAUAAAGAAGAAGAGUUAGAAGCUUGAGAGCUUUCCUUCUAUAAUGAAUU